AUAUCAAAUGUGAAGCUGUUCAAGCAAAUAACACAAGCUUUCUCAAAGUUACUAGGGAAUGAACAUGCUGUUAUCAGAUUCACGAAGGAUAUGGUGUACGUAGGGCAGAGUGGAGUGGAUACCGCGUUAAAAUCCUGGUUACAAGUUAGCGUGGAUACGCUCUUCACGGCCUAUAGAUGCGAGAGCAGCAAUAACAACGAGGUACAUAUUGAAGUAAGCAUGGAGCAGCUAUACAGGGCGAUAAAAUCAGCGCAUGAGACAGACGACGUAUUGUUGCGUCUUAUGAAGAAGGGAGCUAUACCGACUCUCAAUUUAUCAAUAAGCACGCUGAGCCAUUACAAUAGCAGGUUCACGAUCGAGCAAGACGUACCAUGCAGGCCACAGAAACAAAUAUAUGUUGAUACGUUCGACCAACCGGCUAUACCAGAGCGAAAUGUGACAGUCCAGCUACCGAGCAUUCCGAAGCUUAAGACGGUAUUAGAGAAACUACGGAUUCUUGACAACUACGUUACGAUACGAGCUAACUGGGAGGGAAAGCUUGAAUUCAGCAUCCUGAAUGACCAAGUGGGCGUUAGAACGACGUUUGAGAAGCUCGGAGUACAAUCGAAUGAAGGUGCAAGAGGUACGGUUGUGGUAGAUAGCAGGCAGCUAAUCAAGGUGUUCCAAGUACCCGAGCUCUCUAAUAGAGCUUUCAUAGGGAUAUGUAACAAUAACUGUAUGGCCUUCUACGGCUUCCUAGAGUCGCUCUCCCCGUCCUCAGAGGGCAAAGACGACUAUCUGAUGUUCGUGAUACCGUCGAAAGCGCUCUGAGAGCGUCUGAGGGUUGGGU